CGAACUUAUUAGCCUCCUCCACGAAGGGCGGAAAGGCGAAGGGCAAGUCUGGCUCCUCAGUUUCGACAAAAGGGAGCAAGUCGACUGUCGGCAAGAAGGUCUCUUCCAAGGCUGGUUCGAGGUCCAGGCAAGGAAAGGCCAAUCGCAAAGGUCUCGCCAAAGGCAGGACCGCCAAAGGCAAGACAGGAGCCAGCAAAAAGGGCAAAUCAUCUACGAAUCGUAAAGGCCUCUCCAAGGGAAGGAUCUCUAAAGGCAAACAGCAAGCCAGCUGGCUCGAGGUCCAAAGGCACAACUACGAGGAAGGCGACUCAGGGCAAGAAGGUGGGCGCUUCAAGAAGACCACUGUAAAGAAGACAGCAGCUAUGCCUAAAAGUGCAUCGAAGAAGUUGAGGGCUGACCUUUCGAGCGCGCAAGGGCUGGAAAUUUUGAUAGAAUCAAAGAUGAAAUUGGGUUCUAUCAAGUACAUUCUAAUACAAAUGUCGAAUUACAAUACCAGCAAAAGUACAACUCCCUUAAGCCUUAGGCUUGUACUGAACAACCGAGAUGGUGCAGUCAUCGUGACUGUUGUUCUGGAAGCCAUCAUCGGAAAUGAUCUAAUGGCGGGUUAG